AUGAUAGAGCCCUUGAAAGAUAAACUUAUCAUUAUUUUGCUGAUAGCAGCUCUAUUUUCUACUGUAAUUGGAGUUAUAUAAAACCCUAGCCUUGGUUGGCUCGAUGGGGCUUCUAUUUUCUUUUCAGUGGCAAUCAUAGUAAUUGUGACUACUAUCAAUAAUUAUGCAUAAGAGUUGAAAUUUUAAAAAUUAGUAGCGAAGGCUGCUGUUGAUUAUGUUGCUGUCUACAGAGGAGGAUAUGGAGUGACCAAGACUAUCCCAGUAAUAGAACUUGUAGUAGGAGAUAUUUAUUAGAUUAAUCAAGGAAUGAGAAUACCUGCAGACUCAAUUUUGCUUGAAGGUAUUGAUGUUUAAUGCGAUGAAAGUGCAAUGACUGGGGAAAACGAAAGUGUCAUAAAAACUCAUGUUUCACUAUAAAACUUUUAAUCUAAUCCAGAUCCUUUCCUUAUAAGCAAAACGCUAGUUGUAAAUGGACUAGGUAAGGCCUUAGUUUGCGCUGUUGGAAUAAAUUCGAGAUCAGGAAUGGUUGAAGAAAAGUUAAACACUGUAACAUCUGAGACGCCUCUUCAGAAAAAACUUGGAACUUUAGGUAAUCAACUUGGCAAAAUUGGAGUCAUUUGUGCUUUAACAAUAAUUAUUGCUGGAAUUGGGAAUUUCAUUAUUAGAAGAUUUAUUGAUAGCAGUAUUGGCUGGUUUGGAAACGAAGAGCUUACAUCUUCAUCCCUGGAAGAACUUACUUCUAUUGUAAUAUUAGCAAUCACUCUGAUUGUAGUUGUUGUACCUGAGGGACUUCCACUUGCAGUGACAUUAUCUUUUGCAUUUUCAGUAAUGAAAAUGAAAAAAGAAAACAAUUUAGUCAGGAAUCUCCAAUCAUCUGAAAUAAUGGGAGGUGUCAAUGAGAUUUGCACUGAUAAAACUGGAACUUUGACUACAAAUCAGAUGACAAUAAGAGAGUUCUAUGCUUAAGAAUAGGUGUAUAUUGGAAGACCUAGCAACUUUAAUUAAAUGUCUAUAUCAAAACUAAUCAAAGAAGGAAUCAUUUAUAACUCUAAUGCUAGGAUUGAAAAGCAAGAUAAUGGAGAACUAUAGGCUUUUGGCAAUAGAGCUUUCACAGCCAUUAGACACCCUGAAGAUCCAAAUCUUGUGAGAGUUUUCUGCAAAGGAGCUCCUGAGGUUGUUUUAAAACUUAUAUCGAAGUAAAUUGACAAAGAUGGAUCUGUAACAUAGAUAUCCACUUUAAAAAAGGAUGAAAUAAAUGCUAAAAUUGUUAAUGAAACCUUUGCAAAGAGAGCUUUUAGAACAAUCAUGCUUGCUUACAGAGAUUAUUCAUUUCAAGAAUUUGAUAGGAUCAAAGAAUAGAACAAUAACUUUUAAAGUGAGCAAGAUAGAGAGGCAUUAGAAAAUGAACUUACAUUAGUUUCAAUAUUUGCCCUUCAAGAUCCAUUAAGAGAUGAAAUUGUUCAAUCGAUUAAAAUUUGCUAUCAAGCUGGAGUUAAUGUCAGAAUGGUUACAGGUGAUAAUCUUGAAACAGCUAAAGCUAUUGCCUUGGAAGCUGGUAUCCUUAGAUAAGAGGAUUAAGAUGAUGAGUACGCUUGCUUGGAUGGAAAGAUGUUUAGAGAAGCUUGCGGAGGAAUGACUAAAAUUGAAACAGAAAAUGGGUUAAUUAAAGAGGAAAUAGUGAAUGGAGAAAUUUUCAAGAAAAUAGCUAAAAGAUUGAAGGUGUUAGCUAGAUCAACUCCUGAAGAUAAAUACAUGUUAGUAACAGGAUUGAGAGAUUUAGGAUCAGUUGUAGCAGUUACAGGAGAUGGAACUAAUGAUGCUCCUGCUUUGAAAAAAGCAGAUGUUGGCUUUUCAAUGGGAAUAUGUGGAACUGAAGUAGCUAAAGAGGCUUCAGAUAUUAUACUUUUAGAUGAUAAUUUUGCCUCAAUAAUCACAGCUUUAAAGUGGGGAAGAAAUAUAUUCAGUAAUGUGAGAAAAUUCUUGCAAUUAUAGAUUGUGAUUAGUGCAGUAGCUGGCUCUAUUGUGUCAAUAGCGUCAAUUGCAUUACCUUCUCAUUCUCCUCCUAUUAACUCAAUAGAAAUGCUAUGGAUAAAUCUCCUCAUGGAUACACUUGCAGCAUUGUCACUUGCAACUGAAUAGCCUAAUGAUCAUCUUCUUGAUAAAAUGCCAUAUACCCGAGAUGAAAGCAUUAUUUCUCCUUUUAUGUGGAGAAAUAUUUUCUCUCAUUCUAUUUAUCAAUUUGUGAUUCUAUUGGUUAUACUAUUUGCAGGGUAAUCCAUGUUUAUCACAAUUGGCCCAUAUGAUAAUGGAAUGUACCUUUAUGAAGAUGGAGUUCCUACAGUCAAGGCAAGACAUUUCACAUAUCUUUUUCAUACUUUCGUCAUGCUCUAACUAUUUAAUCAGAUUAAUGCAAGGAAGAUUGAACCCCAAGAGAUGAAUGUCUUCAAGGGAAUAUUCUAGAACUACUAUUUCUUAGUUCUAUGGGCGAUCAGCUUUAUCUUCUAGAUACUUUUAGUUUAAUUCGGAGGUUAAGUCUUCAAAACUUGCCCACUCAAUAUCUAGGAACAUUUAAUUUGCAUCGCUAUUGGAACAACUAGCUUAUUAUUUGGUAUGAAUUUUAAUUUAACUUUACUAGGGCUUUUUGUUAAGAAGUUUGUACCAUUACAUUGGUUCACAAGAAUUGUCAUUAAACAAGAAGCACUUUCUGAUGAAGAAGAAAAAUCUUCCAUUACCGCAAUGCUUAGAAAAAGUUACAGAUAAUCAGUAGAAUAUUAGAAGCAAUAAAUUGAUAAUUUCAACAAGAGCUAGAGUAUAAGAGUCCUAGCUAAGAAUUUCAGGAAAAAUUAAUCAAUGUCAAUUCAUGCUGAGAAAUUAGAUCUUAAAUCAAUAUCCAUGAACCUAGGGAAAGACAGAAGAAUAGACUACUCUUAAGCUAAUAAGGAUAUUUCACCCACCUCGAUUAACAGUAGGAAGUUACGAUUAUUACAUUGA